CGCCCGGCCCCGCCCCUCGGGGGGGGGGAGGGAGGAGGCCGUGCGGCCGCCAUGUUGUUGUGUCCGUGAGGCGGCGACGGCGGCCCCGAGCCCGCAGCGACCCCGGCCCCGGCAGGACGCCGCGCCCCGGCACGGGCGGGGGCUCCGCGCCAUGCCCUGCCCAGCGUCCUGUUCUUUUGCUGGCAUAUGAGCAGAUGUUGUCCUACCCUGCUGCCAAUGUGAAGUAUCAGAAGAGAACAGUGGGAACUUUCUGGGACAAGAGAGGACUGUUUAUUCUCUCAUUCUUUGAUUUUAGUAAGUGAAGAGCUCAAAGUAUUGCAAAUAAAGACGAGGAUUCCUCCUCCGGACCAGGGCCUGUCAUGGAUGAAGAGACUCAGCACAGCCUUGAAUGCAUCCAGGCUAAUCAGAUUUUUCCCAGGAAGCAGCUGAUCCGAGAGGAUGAGAACCUUCAGGUGCCGUUCAUUGAGCUCCACGGGGAGAGCACGGAGUACGUGGGACGAGCAGAGGAUGCCAUCAUUGCCCUUUCCAACUACAGGCUCCACAUCAAAUUCAAGGAAUCUGUUGUGAAUGUUCCAUUGCAGCUCAUCGAGAGUGUGGAGUGCCGGGAUAUAUUCCAGCUUCAUUUGACUUGCAAGGACUGCAAGGUUAUCAGGUGUCAGUUUUCCACCUUUGAGCAGUGUCAGGACUGGCUGAAGAGGCUGAACAAUGCCAUCCGCCCCCCGUCCAAGAUUGAGGACCUGUUCUCCUUCGCCUACCACGCCUGGUGCAUGGAGGUUUACGCCAGUGAGAAGGAGCAGCACGGGGACUUGUGUCGGCCAGGAGAACAUGUAACUUCCAGGUUUAAGAACGAAGUGGAGCGGAUGGGGUUUGAUAUGAACAAUGCCUGGAGGAUUUCCAACAUCAAUGAGAAGUACAAGCUGUGUGGCAGUUACCCCCAGGAGAUCAUCGUUCCCGCCUGGAUCACGGACAAGGAGCUGGAGAGCGUGGCCAGCUUCCGCUCCUGGAAGCGCAUCCCUGCCGUGGUGUACAGGCACCAGAGCAAUGGGGCAGUGAUCUCCCGCUGUGGCCAGCCCGAGGUUAGCUGGUGGGGCUGGAGGAACGCCGACGAUGAGCACCUGGUCCAGUCCGUAGCCAAAGCCUGUGCCUCAGACUCCAGGUCCAACAGUAACAAGUUAAUGAAUGGGAAUUGUUCCAGAGAUUUGUCCAACGGAGGGGACCUCUCUGAUGUGGAAUUUGACUCCUCCAUCUCCAAUGCCUCAGGAGCAGAGAGUUUGGCAAUCCAGCCUCAGAAGCUUUUGAUCCUGGACGCGCGAUCUUACGCAGCAGCCGUGGCCAACAGAGCCAAGGGGGGUGGCUGUGAGUGCCCAGAAUAUUACCCCAACUGUGAAGUGGUGUUCAUGGGGAUGGCAAACAUCCACUCCAUCCGCAAGAGCUUCCAGUCACUGCGUCUGCUCUGCACACAAAUGCCAGAUCCAGGAAAUUGGCUGUCAGCUCUGGAGAGCACCAAGUGGCUGCAGCACCUGUCAGUGCUCCUGAAAUCCGCGCUGCUCGUGGUGCACGCCGUGGACCGGGACCAGCGGCCCGUGCUGGUUCACUGCUCUGACGGCUGGGACCGCACACCCCAGAUCGUGGCCCUGGCCAAGCUCCUGCUGGACCCCUACUACAGGACCACGGAGGGUUUCCAGGUGCUAGUGGAGACUGAGUGGCUGGAUUUUGGCCACAAGUUUGCAGAUCGCUGUGGCCACGGGGAGAAUUCGGACGACCUCAAUGAGCGCUGCCCGGUGUUUCUGCAGUGGCUGGACUGUGUCCAUCAGCUCCAGAGGCAGUUCCCCUGCUCCUUCGAGUUUAACGAAGCAUUCCUUGUGAAGUUGGUGCAGCACACCUACUCCUGCCUCUUUGGAACAUUCCUGUGCAACAAUGCGAAAGAGAGAGGAGAGAAACACACUCAGGAACGGACCUGCUCCGUCUGGUCUUUGCUGCGGGCAGCAAACAAAGCCUUCAAAAACCUGCUCUACUCCUCCCAGUCGGAAUCUGUGCUGUAUCCCGUGUGCCAUGUGCGGAACUUGAUGCUCUGGAGCGCUGUUUACCUGCCCUGCUCCUCCCCCUCCACGCCCGCCGAUGACACCUGUGCCCCGUACCCUGUGCCAGGCUCUAGCCCCGAAGAGCAGCCUCUGGGCAGGCUACCAAAGACAAGAUCCUUUGACAAUCUGACGACAGCCUGUGACAGCAGCGUGCCUACAACCAACCGCCGGAGCAGCGACCCCAGCCUCAAUGAGAAGUGGCAGGAGCACCGCCGCUCCCUGGAGCUCAGCAGCCUGGGCCCCCCUGGGGACGACCCCUUCGAGGGGGACGGGCUGGGCAGGCAGGGCAGGGCCCCCAUGGGGGCAGAGCUCUCUGUGGCAGCCGGGGUGGCAGAGGGACAAAUGGAGAACAUUCUGCAGGAGGCCACUAAAGAUGAUGUUGGGCUGGAGGAGCACUUGAGGGGUGGCCUGGAGGCAGCAGGGAAAGGGGAUGAGGUUGGCCUGGAUAAGGAGAAGAGAGCUGACAAUCUGUGCGAGGAGAAGGCCGAGGUGGAUACAGGUACCAUAAUGAACAAUCCCACAGCCAACCCACACCCAGCCUCACACGGUGCUGCAGAGCUCAAAGGACAGCAGGACGAGCACAGCGACCCCAGCAGCGCUCUCCAGAAGGCACCUCAUGGGAGAGGACUGCAGGCUGUUCCUUCCGAGGGCUCCGGAAACAGAGACGCUCCAAACAACACGGAGGAGGAAGGUCUUGGGAAAGGCGAAGGAGAAGCGGAGAGCCUGUACGGCACUGCCCAGGCCAGCCUUGCCUUCCCUCUGACAGCGCUGCUGGAGGAAAGGACAUCCAACAUCGAGAGCUCCACGGAAACCUUAACAGAGACCGAAGCAAAGCCCGAGCUCACGCCCAGGGCUCCGUGCCACAGACCUCACCCCUUUGACAACAGCACUGGCGAGCUGUCCCGAACUCUGGAGAACAGGCCAGAGGGGGAGUGCAUGAUAGAGCUCCAAAAACUGGGAUCAAGAGUGCAUAGGACUUCUGGUAGCAGCACCACCCACCUCCCGAUGCCUUCCCCUUGUGCCUUGCCUCUAGCAGACCGCAAAGAUGAGCUGGUGUAUAAUGGGGAGCUGGAGCUGGAGAACAAACUGGUGGAGAAACCCACGGGAUUCACGGCCCCGAAAUUCCCCGCCACCAACGGACACUGCAUCAACGGCGAGGACGGGCGGAUCAAGGCCUCGCUGAGCCGGCAGGUGUCCACGGCCAGCUGCAGCUCUGCUCAGCUCCACCUGAGGAACUUGCACCAGAAAUGGAUGUUCAGCCAGCUCGGGAAGCAGCCGGCCAGCAGCCCGGACCAGCCGGCCCGCAGCCACCUAGACGAUGACGGGAUGCCCGUCUACAGCGAUGUCAUCCAGCAGCGCCUGCGCCAGAUCGAGACGGGCCAUCAGCAGGAGGUGGAGACCCUCAAGAAGCAGGUGCAGGAGCUGAAGAGCCGCCUGGAGAGCCAGCUCCUCAACAGCUCCCUGCGGCUCAACGGCGACUACGGAGACGAAGUGACAUCUAUUCCCGACUCGGAAAGCAAUCUGGAUCAGAACUGCUUGUCUCGCUGCAGCACAGAGAUUUUCUCUGAAGCCAGCUGGGAACAGGUGGAUAAACAGGAUACAGAGGUGACGCGGUGGCUCCCGGAUCACCUGGCCGCGCACUGCUACGGCUGCGACAGCGCCUUCUGGCUUGCCAGUCGGAAACACCACUGCAGGAAUUGUGGCAACGUGUUCUGCUCCAGUUGCUGUAACCAGAAGGUGCCCGUUCCCAGCCAGCAGCUCUUCGAGCCCAGCAGAGUCUGCAAAUCCUGCUACAGCAGCCUCCACCCUGGCAGCUCCAGCCUGGACCUCGAACUGGACAAGCCCAUCACUGCCACGUCCAACUGAAUUCCUGGCCUGGGAGAGGCGGGGGAGCAGCCGAGCCGACCCUUCCCCACGGACACGUGGAUCCCAGGGCCGAGGCCGGGAGGCUGCACGUGGAGCUCGGGCCGUGGGGCGCUGCUCGGCGGGACUGACCUCGAGGAUGUGCCGCUGGACUCUGGGAUUCUCCUUGUCCAGCUCUUCCCCCUUUCCUGCCUGUCCUGUGUGUCCGUGUCCCCGCGCGUGCGUGUGUGUGUAUAUAAUAAUAUAUCUGUUUGUUUGCGGGAGGGUCCUGGAGGUGGGGGGAGCUGGUGAGAGCCAGGAUCCCUGUGGGUAUUUAUCUGUCCCACUGCGGAACUGCUGCAGACCGAGGAUUUUGGGGAGCGGGGAGCAGAGGGAGCGGGACCGGCCGGAGUGCAGAGCCUGAAUAGCUGCAGCCUCCAGUGCUUUCAAUCACUCCUGUUAUUCCAAACCCGAAACUGCUGUUUGGGAACCUGUUGCUGCUAGAAGAGGUGGGAAUCUCCUUCCCCAGAGACCUUUUCCCUCUCUGUUCUCACAGUGGCUGCCCGAGGGGGUCUCAGUCGGGUUCCUGCACUGGCGGCUCUGUACCUGCACACACAAUCCGUGAGGUCUGAGCCCUCGCAGCGGGAACACCUGGAAUGCUGGCUCAGGAAUGCACGUGCUGUUGGUGAGAGCCGAGCCAGGCGUCACACCGGGCCUUGCCAGGCGUCUGACCAUGCAAUUCCUGCUUCAAUCCAACAAGGACAGGAGCAGACCUCUGCCUUGUCCUUGCCCCAGCCGUGUGAGUCCCUCUGGGAGCAGAGCAUUGCCAUGGUCAGGUCCUGGCUGGUCACUCGCACUUUACUGGACGAUCCAAACUGACAGAAGGCGGCCGGGACCUGCCGGUGUCGCGGGGCUCGGCCUUUGUGGAUUGCGCUGGUGCUGGGCACCCUCCUGGGAUGCUCCUCCUUUCCCAGGCUGUGUUCAGUGUACUCCAGAUAGGAAAAAGCUGCCUGAGGAGCUUAAAACAAUCCAAAAUACAUUACAGAUUCCCCUUCCUCCUUCUGUCCCAAUCAGACUCACCUCACUGAAGGGUAAAAUUCCCAAAUAUCCAUUUGUAACCAACUGGUAGGUGCUCAUCCUUUUCCUUUCCCAUAGAUCCUGCUUAGUGCAAUCCAGCAAGGAGGAAGAGUAGAUCCUGUUCACAGUGCAGUCCCUAGGCAAAAUCCCAAAUUCUCUAUGGUAUUCCCAAGAAUCUUGCUGGAGUAUUUGAGAGUUCUAGAUACAACAGCUCAAAAUACAAGAAACCUUGGGAAAGGAGCAUUUCCCUUCCCUGGAAUGUCACAAUCACAUCAUCCAAAGGGAGGGUCACGUGGAGAAACCAUCUGGCAGAGCUCAGUGGGUCUCAGGGGAGAUGCCGAGGUGGUUGGACUGUGCCCAUCCCACCCUGCCAGGAUCUGUGCGCUGGCGUGAAUGUCCAGGAAGGAGGAGGCUGCGUCCUUGUGGGAAAGGGGUCUGGGAAUGGACGGAGCAUCUUGGGAUCUCCCUGGCACAGGUCUAGAGGAAGAGACACUGGACGUGAAGUGAAGGAUGGGGUUUCCAGCCAAGGCACGUUUAGGAUCUGUUCCUAACCCAGCAGUGGGGGCUGGAAGAGAGGCACAGGCAUCGCUGUUCCAUGCAGAGCAGGAUGAGGGAAUGUCUGGCUCCUGCCGGGGUGGCGAGGGGCAGGUGGCAGGGCCGGGGUGGGGUGGGGGGACACCUCAACCUUGGGGUGCAGAAUCAGCCGGAGCCUCCACACGUGCCAAGAGGGUCCACUCCGGGCCGGGGCUGGGAUGUACAGUGUGAAUAAAAGCUUGCAGCUCUUUAGGCUUUUUUGGAUCGAUGAAGCACUUUUUUUAUUAAUAUUAUUUUUUCUUUGUAUGUAAAGGAGGAAGCCGUCUCUCCGUAGCUGUGUACAGAAAUAACCCUUCUCUCCGCAAGAGAGUAAAGUGCUCCUAUAUUUUUCAUUUUUGUCAAAAGCGAGAAGUAAAUACUUUAGAAUUGUUAAAUAUAUAAAUAAUAAAAGUGAAUAAAGUUUAGACUUUUGCAUGGGA